GGCGCGAUGUGUUUCGUGCAUUACGUUUGAUGUCACAGUCCGAUUAACGUCGGUCGACAUGCCAAUCGAUGGCGAGCUUAAUAAUGGCUUAAUGUUAUUCAACAAGAAUAUAACCGCAGCCGAAAACUUAGCCAUCAGCGCGGCAAAGGUAGCCCUAAACAAUUUUGAAUGGAGAUAUGUCACCAUGGUUUUCCAUAACUCCUCAAUUCUUCUCGGUUUAACUGCGUUCAUGCAAAUUUAUCGGAAAAGUGUGAUCGUCGGGAAAGGAGCAUUUCUCCAUGGCGAAGAAUCAUCCGCAGACAGAAUCAGGCAGUUUGUGAUAUUCGGAUCAGACUUGGUUGACAUAAUGAACACGCUGGACUGGAUGCGGCAUAGGGAAUUCGACAAUACCGGAAAAUUCAUUGUCAUAUGCAAUAACUGCGACGAGCGUAAAGCGAUGGACAUAUUCUGGAAUCAUAAGAUCUUAAAUGUGGUUAUUAUCAAUGAUAGCUCUGGAACCAGUAAUAUAGUUGGCUUCACAUAUUCUAUUUAUGAUAACGAGAAAUGUGAAAUAAGUCCACCUAAACCACUUCCAGACUCUUGCAUUCAUCAUUCUUGCAUAAAAGUAUAUCCUUUGAAGCUCAGAAAUUUACACAAAUGCCAGAUAAUUGUGUCUACGUUUGAACAAGUCCCAUUCAUGUCUCUGAAGACGGGAAUCCCAGAAGGGGCUGACGGCGACCUUUUACUUCUUAUCGCUGAAUCUUUGAACGCCACCUUAAAGGUGAUGACUCCGCAUCGGGGCGCCGGCUGGGGUCAACUGGACAAGGACGGAAAUUGGCUAGGAUCUUUGGCAGAUGUAUAUUACGACCUCGCUAACUUCUCCAUGACGUCAGCCGCCAUAACGCUGUCAAGAUUUAAGGCGUUUCAUUUAUCCACAGAUUACCAUUCGGUAAACAUGGCUUGGGUCACUCAUCCCGCGAUACCACUUCCAGGUUGGCAAAAACUUCUUCGUCCGUUUCAAAUGAACGCUAGAAUAUGUCUAGCUGUCACUUUUGUACUCAUUAUAUUAGUAGCCUUGUUCGUUAAAAGUAAUUUAUGGGAGAAAUUGAGUAAAAGAAUUGCAUCGGCGCGGCCUCAAACAUGUGUCCUGUUUUAUUCUUGGACAAUUUGCAUGGGUGUACCCGUGACCACUUUACCAUCCAAACCGGCUUUUCUGACCAUGUUUCUCUUAUGGACGUUCUACUGUUUUAUGAUGAGAACGUUUUACCAGACAUCACUUAUUCACGCUAUGAAAGAUAAAUCAAAAUAUCCAGAGUUUGAAAAUCUUGAAGACAUUUUAAAUUCUGGUUAUCCAUUCGGUGGUGUGCCGGCUCUCAAGGAUUUCUAUAUAGAUGACCCUGAAGUGUAUAACAACUGGAAACCCAUCAACAGCACCGAAAUCAAUGAUACUAUGGUUAGUUUAUCGAGAGGCAUGAAGUACGUUCUGGCUAUGAAUAAGGUUACCGCCCAGAGUUUUAUUUUAAAUCAUUAUGGAGAGAUACAUAUUGUGCCACAGAUGAUUGCGACGAGUCCAACGGUUUUGUAUUUUAAGAAGUUUUCUCCGAUGGCGGAGUCUCUGAAUCUUGUUCUAGGUCGAUUGGUGGAAGCAGGUUUUACUGAGAAAUUGUAUAAAAAUCACGUCAGUAUACAAGAAACAAAGAAGACAGAUAGUACGGCAGCAAUGAACUUCGAGCAGUACAUGGGGUGUUAUGUAGUUUUAGCCGCUGGGUGGAUUGUAUCGAUAUUAGUAUUUGUUUGUGAGGUAUACUAUUAUAAAUGGCGUGUCAGUCGACAAAAUAUUUGUUAG